AUGUCAACUGUCAUUGACAAGUUUCAACCCGAGCUGCUGGGACGGCCUUUUGCUUACCCCGCCUUCCAGAAGUCUGCCGCCACCAACGCAAAACCCAGACACAACGAGUCAACGCUUCAACGCUCAAACCGGGAGAUAACAGUCAGUCAGUGGCUUGGCCGAUUGUCGCCAAUCCGGGCGGGCUUUUCUGCUCCCGCACAAGUCAUCACAUACCCAUCAAGCUAG